GGAAUUCCGGUUAACGAAUCGACGGAGAUCAGAAUCUGGAGAUAGAGUUCGGGCUUACUGGAAGGAGAAAAGGGAAUCCCAAAACAUUGAACUGAAGGAUUACCAUUGCUAAUUAUUCCUGCGACAUUACUUGUGGAUUUUGAUUCAUAUUUUGCAUCGUUUAUAAAAAGAAACUAUGCUGAACACAGUGGACUUCAGCGCGCUGGAUCUCCUCUGCGCUCAAACUGCUGCUAUGGAGGGACAUUCUGCAGCUCAGAUUCAUCUAGAUGCUGCUUGCGGGUUGGUUAAGCCCAAAGUGGAACCGCUGGAUGCAGGUUUUCCAGAGUGCUCCAACGACGGGCUCCCACCGUCACCACUCACCUACACUGGCAGUUUCUACAGCGAGACCGGGCCGUGCAGCGCAGACGCUCUGCUCAACUUACUCACGGAGAUCGUCGGAAUUUCCACGGCACCCAUUUCUGAGCUCAACGCCGAUAACUAUUGCAACGGCAACUCUCGCGGAAGCGCACUCUCACGCCAGGAGUCGUUAUUAUCAACGGGAAGCUCUCUGGGUUCCCCUGAACCCUUCUGCAACGAUUCGUCAGAUGAAUUCAUGGACAGCUCCGUUGCGCAGCAGUCUUUCCCCUUGACUGUUAAGAGUGAGUUCGGGUGCAGUUGUAACGGCUGUGAUUUUCUCGACGGCUUAGGUGCACCCGGCAAGUCGUACGAACCAUCAGACCUGGACGAUAUCAUUGAUUUGCUGUCUCCACUCGGUCCCGAGACGGACUCCGUUUUGGACACCUGGAUCAAACAGGAGCCAUUGGAUGAAGCAUGUCAAUCAAACUACCAGCCCAACCUCCAGAUUCCCGCCGCGACACCCACCUCGACUCAAAGCGGACUCUACAGAGCCGUUUCGUUCCCCAACGCGUUUGGGCUCGGCUGCAGCACCACCGCGUUGGCCGACGUUUUGGACUCUCUUCUCGCCGCCAACACGCUCGCUCAGAGGAGCCGUGCGCAAACGGGUAAAGCCGGGCGAUCCAGAAAGGGCGCGGCCCGCGAGAAGCCCUUCUCGUGCCCGCUGGAGAACUGCGACCGCCGCUUCUCUCGUUCCGACGAACUUAACCGACACGUGCGCAUCCACACCGGCCACAAGCCGUUCCAGUGCCGCGUCUGCCUGCGCUGCUUCAGCCGCAGCGACCACCUCACCACGCACAUGCGCACGCACACGGGAGAGAAGCCGUUCUCGUGCGAAGUUUGCGGGCGUCGCUUUGCGCGCAGCGACGAGAGAAAGAGGCACGGACGCGUGCACAUUAAACAACGCGAACGAAUGCAACAGAAGACGGAGCUGCUGGCUGCGUGCGCGUUUUCCCUGACGGGACUCGUGUGAGCUUCAGGGACGUUUAUUUGCUCGCGUUUCCAUUUUGGAAAGUUGAUGGCUUAAGCCGAGCGCACUUCGUGUGCACGAGCAGAUCUGCGCAUCAGUGAUGGAGAGGAACGAGCCCCACACUUGUGUUGAUGUGUGUUAAGAGCUUGGCAUGCAGCUGAAGAAGUCUAACUGUAUGAGAAGAAUGAAUUGACUGGAAAAGUGCUUGCAGUGAGCGGCACGUGCGCUGAAUGCAGAGAAAAAGUAACACUCAAACCUCAGAUCGUUGUUUUUGGCACAAAUGAAAUGUCUUGCAUGUUGUGGUCACUAAGAUGUAAAUGUGCAUUUGUUUCACACUUCUAUACCACACUGGCAUGCAAAUGUGAUAUUUGUUGUAUUUUGAUACUACAUAACUUUAUAAUCGUGCGAGAGAAGAGAACUAUAUUUGUACAUUGCCGACUGUAAUUUUGUAUUUGUCGAUUUUCAAGAGAGCAAGAAAAAUCUAUCUUAUAGAUUUUUAUAAGUGAUUGUAUGUGGCUGGUUGGUUCUUAGGAACCUGACGCGAUAGAAUAUAAAAAAAACUUCAACGUAGUUGUUGACUUGCAGUAGCACACUUACACGUGCAGUUACCCUCGAUUGCAGGGCUCGUCUCGAUAUUGCUGUCUAUAAAUGCCUUUGGAAAUUGUUCUUGUGCAAUCAAGCGCUGUUCACCGCCUUGUGAAUAUUUGGAGGCUAUUGAAUGUUUUAAAUAAAACUUUAUUUAUUGACAA